UGUCAAUGUCAAAAUUUCCUUUUACUCUGUUUUCCGAUUUGCAAAAGACGUGUGCUUUUGGAAAAAUUAUCCUGAAUGACUGAAAAAUGGCAGAUUCAGAGGUUCUUAAAAAAUUAAAGGAUAUUCCAUUCAAAAUACAGACCGCUAGUUUGAAAGAAAGACGUGCAGUUAUCGAAGAAAUUCAGGAUGUUUUAUCAACACCAGGUAUCACCGAAGCAGUAGUGCGUUUUGUGUGCCGUGUAGUAGCAUCGACACUCCAUCGAUAUCGUGACUCAACAUCCCAGUCCUAUGUAAAGGGCUUGCUAGUGUAUCUAGCCAGCCACCACCGUGAAUGGACACUCAAAAACUUGUUGCCUGUAUUGUUUGACAUCUCCGAACAGCUCAGGAAUACAGCUACCUCCAAAAGUAUAUGCCAGAGCGGAUUAUAUGUGCUCCGAUGGUCGACGGUGGUGGCUGAAAGUGCGCUGAAGAACGUGGAAGCAGAUGGAGUAGACUACAAUGCACUCGUACUUGCUCAAGCAAACCUGUUGGCCGCCGUCACUGCCUAUGGCGAUCACAGGAAAAAUGAGAAAGCUUAUACAGUGCUUCACACUUCAUGGAGUGCUAUCGGGGCGGACCGUCUGGGCAAGUGGGUGGAGGCGCUGGUGUCGCAGCCGGCGGACGCGGGCCCGCACGUGUGCGUGGCGCUGUCCGCACUGUGUCGACACUGCAGGCAGCGGGGCGAGGAAGGCACGCUGACUGCACACAAGGCAAAAAUGCUGGAAUGUUUUACAAAGAGCUUAAUCAAUGUAAAAAGUCGACCAAACGCCAAUUACAUCCGUGGAUGCGCCGAGCUUUUACACACUCUAGACGAAAAAGAGGUAUGUGAUACUCUGGUGCCGGCGUUACAAAAGGCCAUGUUGCGCAGCCCGGAGACCGCUGCGCAGGCCGUGGGCGAGGUGAUGGCAGCCCUGCAUCUGCCCCUCGCUGCGCCAGCAUUGGAUAUAGGGAAAGGGCUCAUCGUGAAUCUACAUUCCAAGGACGAAUGGGUGCGAGUGGAAGCGCUGGCAGCGCUGCGUCGUCUAGCGCACCGCUGCAGCGACCUGGCCACAGCGCGAGCGCUGCUCAAGCACGUGUUCGCCGAGUACAACGGCGCUAGUGGGAAGCUCACCUCCAGCGAGGAUAAGAUAGCUGUCCUUAACGGCGUGAGCGCUCUUAGCGAACUCUGCGUCGUCGGAUCGGAACGCACGCAGUUGCUGGAGGAAGCUGUCAGUCAAACGGCGCGCGUUUUGGACAGCGAAUCGCACGAGCGCACCCUCUGCGCUGCGCUCGAGGCGCUGCGUCACUGGGCCACCACGCCGCGUGUCCCACUGUGCGCCGCGCUCCCGCGCAUGUACCAGAAAAACCUGUCAGCGAAGAGCACAACGCAGCUGGUCCGCAUCGCGUACACGUCGUUGAUAGCGCUGGGGCUGCACGCGGGCGGGGCCGAGCCGGGGGACGGCGCCGCUCUACGCCCGCUCCUCACUAAAGCAGUCGACAAGGCGGUGCAGCAACCAACGCAGCCGCUAGUGGUGAGCGAGGGAAUCAGCGCGAUGCUGGGACUCGUAGCUUUGGACUCUGAGCGCGCGCUGCCCACUACUGGGGCGUGGGCAGCGCUGACCCAUCCCACUCGCCCGACGAUACUGCACGAGCGAGCGCUCGCCGCGGCGCCCGACGACGUCCUAAUACAGGUGGUGUUGCUAUGCAGAACAUUGUUGGAAAACUACCCAUGUGUUGCCAGUGAACAGAACUCGCCUGUAUAUAAAGCAUUUAUACUAGUCUUAUUGUCGCCAAUCAAAGCCGUCCGCGACGCGGCGUUAGAAGAAGUUAAAUCUUUAUUAGCUAAUGAAGAAAGAGCCCUAUUGGCAAAGUAUUUAGUUACAAAAUUAAAUGAAGUCUUAGAAGAAGGAAAAAUAUUUACGUCAAAAGAGAAGACGCCUCCAGAGGAGAAAACGUCAGAUGUCACUGGGAAAAUGAUACUAGAUUGUGUUCAAGCGCUGUGUUCAUAUAAAGAGUAUCCUACCCUGGACGCUCAGAACUUGGCCCUAGCGGCGUUGUCUUGCUGCCAUCACCCGCUAGUGGCGAGCACCCAAAGGAGAGCGUGGCAGAAGAUGUGCUCGCGCCUGCGACUCGACCCGCAGAAACUGGUCGGACUGUACGCCUCCACACUAAAGGAUGCAUACCUCGACCCGUAUACGCCCAGCCAGACAACGUGGAACGUGGUCCGGACAUUAGUGGAGGCGAAUCCGGAAGCGAUAGCAGGCGCCGCCAUUCAGGUGGCGUUGGACGCGCUUCUCGAUCCGGCGCUACUGCGAGUCACACGCGACGAAUACUUCACCUACCUCACGCCGCCGGGGGAUCUUUACGACAAGAGCACCGUGCCAGGAAAUGAAGAUAGUAAAGAAAUGAAUUUGAAGCGAGAAAGCAAAGCGUACAGUUAUAAAGAGCAACUUGAAGAGUUGCAGCUACGACGAGAACUUGAGGAGAAGAAAAAGAAACAGGGCAAAGUUAAAGAGGUCCCGUUAUCAGCGAAACAGAAAGAAGCCAUAAAAGCUCAAUUGGCCAAAGAGAGUGCUAUACGGGAAAGAUUAAGUGCAUUGAACUCGCGCGUGGUAGCGGCUACGCAACUAGUGGGGGCAGUGUCGGCGGGUAGCGCUCGCGCUGUGGGGACGCGGGCCCGGGCGCUGCUGCCCGCGCUACUGGCCGCCACGCGCAGCCCGCUGGCCGCGCCCGCGCUGGUGCCCGCCGUGCUGCAGCUGCGGGCGCCGCUGCUGCCCGCGCACGCGCUGCUGGGCGACACUGUGGCGCGCGUCACUAUCAGGUACUACUGGCCGCCACACGCAGCCCGCUGGCCGCGCCCGCGCUGGUGCCCGCCGUGCUGCAGCUGCGGGCGCCGCUGCUGCCCGCGCACGCGCUGCUGGGCGACACUGUGGCGCGCGUCACUAUCAGGUACUACUGGCCGCCACACGCAGCCCGCUGGCCGCGCCCGCGCUGGUGCCCGCCGUGCUGCAGCUGCGGGCGCCGCUGCUGCCCGCGCACGCGCUGCUGGGCGACACUGUGGCGCGCGUCACUAUCAGGUACUACUGGCCGCCACGCGCAGUCCGCUGGCCGCGCCCGCGCUGGUGCCCGCCGUGCUGCAGCUGCGGGCGCCGCUGCUGCCCGCGCACGCGCUGCUGGGCGACACUGUGGCGCGCGUCACUAUCAGACUACACAACCCACAAUGCGAUCUGGACCCGAGCUGGGAGGAGGAAGAUCUAGACAGCGCAACAGUACGGACCAUUAACAUGACGCACGCGGCCACUGUCUCGUUGAAAAACCCCGACGAGGAGGAACCUUCGCCGAAAAGCUACUUUACCGCACCCGGGUUCUGCUACAUAUUCCCGCUGCUUAAAAUGGGUUUGACCCGUUCAUCGACGCGUGUGGACGAAGUGACUAUGGUGUACGGACUGCAAGUGAUCGCGCAUCAUGCUGCUAUAGUGCCUCAGCCCGCGCUAAUGCCCAUCGACCAUAUGUUCCGACUACUCAUCGACCUUAUUAGCAGUACAAGUGGUCGCGUGCAGGCAGCGUGCACCGUGGCCCUGCUGGAAGCUGCGUCGUGCGCGUCACGCGGCGGAGUCUCGCGAGAAGACGUCGCGUGUCUGUUGGCCGGCUUACAGAACCCACUUGAGGUGGUCCGCGAUGCAGCGCUGCGUGCUUUGCUUCGGGUAGUAGACGGAUUGCCGAGCGUGCUCGAGGACCCGGAAUGCGCGUUGGAAGUCACGGAACGAUUACUAGUCGCUACCUUCGAUGUCGCAGAAGAUAACAAGAAGUUAGCUGAAGACCUCUGGUCUCGCCUGCCACUCGCCCAGCAAUGGAGUCGCGAGCCCGAGCUCAUGGGGCUAGUGUUACAUGACGUACAGCAUCCCGCGGAACCUAUUCAAAGAGCGGCUGCGAAGGCACUCGCCGCGUUAGUGAAACGGGACCCUGACCCCGCGGCGCCUGCGAGGGCUGCGCAACAACUGCAAAGGAUGUACUCCGAAAAGCUGCCCUUAAUCCCGGCGAAGCUGGACCAGUUCGGUCACGUAGUGGAGGGUGCCGUAGACGAAUGGGGGGCCCGACGGGGGGCCGGCGUAGCCCUGGGGGCUUUGGCUGAACUACUGGCCCCUCACCAUGUGCCUGACGCCAUCACCUUCUACGUGGAGCGCGGGCUGGCUGACAGGCAUGAAGCCGUGCGGGCGGAGAUGCUUACUGCCGCCAUGGCCGUCGUUGAACUACACGGGAAGGAAACGCUAAGCAGCCAGUUGCCGGUAUUCGAGAACUUCCUCGACAAGGCGCCCAAGUCCGGCGGCUACGAUGCCGUGCGGCAGAGUGUGGUGCUGUUAGUGGGGUCUCUGGCGCGGCACCUGGAGCCCGGCGACGCGCGCAUCAAGCCCAUCACGCUGAGGCUGGUGGCUGCACUCUCCACGCCCAGCCAGCAGGUGCAAGAAGCCGUAAGCAACUGUUUGCCGCACUUGGUGAGCUCGCCCGCUCUCGAAGACGAGAUCCCCGCCAUCAUGAACAAACUCAUGAAGCAGCUGCUCACCGCCGAGAAGUACGGCGACAGGAAGGGUGCUGCAUAUGGUAUAGCUGGUAUAAUCAAAGGACUAGGCAUCCUGUCACUGAAGCAGCUAGACGUUAUGGGAAAACUCACCGAAGCUAUACAAGAGAAGAAGAACUAUAAGUAUCGAGAAGGCGCACUCUUCGGCUUCGAAAUGUUGUGCUACAAACUGGGCCGUCUAUUCGAGCCGUACAUUGUGCACGUGCUGCCCCACCUGCUGCUCUGCUUCGGGGACAGCUCGCAGUACGUGCGCGCUGCAGCAGACGACACCGCCAAGCUCAUCAUGAGCAAGCUUAGCGCGCACGGAGUCAAGCUCGUACUGCCUUCACUGCUGCAGGCACUCCAGGACGACAACUGGCGCACUAAGGCCGGUUCGAUCGAGUUGUUGGGUGCGAUGGCUUACUGCGCUCCCAAGCAGCUAUCGUCUUGCUUACCAUCCAUCGUGCCCAAACUGAUCGAGGUUCUGAGCGAUUCUCACAUGCGUGUACAAGAAGCGGGGGCCGAAGCGCUCAAGGUCAUCGGCUCCGUCAUCAGGAACCCCGAGAUUCAGGCCAUCGUGCCAGUGCUACUGCAAGCACUACAAGACCCCUCUAAUAAGACUUCGGCAUGCCUCCAAACUCUGUUAGACACGAAGUUCGUGCACUUCAUCGAUGCACCGUCACUCGCGCUCAUAAUGCCCGUAGUGCAACGCGCGUUCUUGGACCGCAGUACGGAGACGCGCAAGAUGGCCGCGCAGAUCAUAGGCAACAUGUAUUCGCUUACUGAUCAAAAGGAUCUGAUGCCUUAUCUGCCUAACAUCAUUCCUGGAUUGAAGAGCUCGCUUCUAGAUCCUGUGCCAGAGGUGCGUUCUGUAUCGGCGCGAGCUUUGGGCGCGAUGGUAAAAGGCAUGGGGGAGAGCAGCUUCGAAGAGUUGCUGCCGUGGUUGAUGCACACUUUAACAUCGGAGUCCAGCUCCGUGGACCGCUCCGGGGCUGCGCAGGGGCUGUCCGAGGUGGUGGCCGGCCUGGGGGUGCACAAGCUGCACAAGAUAAUGCCAGAUAUAAUCGCCACAGCGGAACGCACCGACAUCGCGCCGCACGUGAAGGACGGCUACAUAAUGAUGUUCAUAUACAUGCCGGGCGCUUUCACCGACGAGUUCACUCCUUACAUCGGCCAAAUCAUCAACCCCAUCCUCAAAGCGCUCGCCGACGAGAACGAAUACGUGCGCGAGACCGCACUCAAAGCGGGCCAACGCAUAGUAACCCUGUACGCAGAAUCCGCGAUAACACUUCUCCUACCAGAGUUGGAACGCGGCCUUUUCGACGACAACUGGCGUAUCAGAUAUUCCUCCGUACAACUAUUAGGAGAUCUCCUCUACCGUAUCUCGGGGGUUUCCGGUAAAAUGAGCACGGAAACGGCGUCGGAGGACGACAACUUCGGUACUGAACACUCGCACAAGGCUAUAAUGAGCGCGCUCGGUGCUGAGCGCCGGAAUCGCGUGUUGGCCGGACUUUAUAUGGGCCGCAGCGAUGUAGCGCUCAUGGUACGACAGGCGGCACUUCACGUAUGGAAGGUUGUAGUGACGAACACUCCUAAGACCUUACGCGAGAUUCUGCCGACUCUAUUCGGGCUGCUGCUGGGAUGCCUCGCCUCCACCAGCUACGACAAGAGACAGGUGGCUGCGCGAACGCUCGGCGAUCUCGUCAGGAAGUUGGGCGAACGCGUCUUACCGGAGAUAGUGCCGAUCUUGGAGCGCGGGCUGCGGUCGGAAAGAGCUGACCAGCGGCAGGGAGUCUGCAUCGGAUUGGGAGAGAUCCUCGCCUCCACUUCCAGGGAUGCGGUGCUCAGCUUCGCCGACGGAUUGGUACCGACAGUCCGCACGGCGUUAUGCGACCCUCUGCCCGAAGUGCGGUUAGCAGCGGCGCGUACAUUCGACAGCCUGCACGCCACUAUAGGCAACAAGGCCCUCGACGACAUCUUACCGCACAUGCUGCGGAAUCUGCACCACCCGGACCCUUUGGUGGCCGAUGCUACCUUAGACGGACUCAAACAGAUAAUGGCGAUAAAGUCGCGCGCGGUGCUGCCGUACCUGGUGCCGGUGCUGACCGCGGGCGGCGGCGGCGAGGGCGCGGUGGACACGCGCGCGCUCUCCGCGCUGGCGGCCGCCGCGGGCGCCGCGCUGGGCCGACAUCUGCCGCGCGUGCUGCCCGCGCUGCUGGCCGCGCUCGUGGCCGCGCGCCACUCCCCGCACGAGGCGCGCGAGCUCGACCACUGCCGCGACGCGCUGCUGCCCGUCGCCGACCCCGCCGGCGUGCGCUGCAUAAUCGACACGCUGCUGGAGUGGGUGCGCACGAUGGAUGAGGAGAAGCGUCGCGCGGGCGCAGCGCUGCUGUGCGCGUUCGUGACGCACACGCGCGCGGACCUAUCGCCGCACGUGCCGGCGCUCAUCCGCGGCCUGAUCCUACUGCUGGCCGGCGACGAGCGCGACGUGCUGCAGAUGGCGUGGGAGGCGCUGGCGGCCGUGACGCGCUCGCUGGACGCGGAGCGGAUGGUGGCGCACGUGAGCGACGUGCGGCACGCGCUGCGUGUGGCCGCCGCGGACCUGCCGCCGCCCCGUCUGCUGCCCGGCUUCUGUCUGCCCAAGGGUAUAGCGCCGAUCCUGCCCCUAUUCCGCGAGUCGAUCCUGAACGGCUUACCCGAAGACAAGGAGAAUGCGGCACUGAUGCUGGGCGAAGUGAUCAAGCUGACGUCACCGGCUGCCAUCCAGCCCUCCGUGGUGCACAUCACGGGUCCGCUCAUCCGUAUCCUCGGCGACCGGUUCAACUCCAGCGUGAAGGCAGCCGUGCUCGAGACUCUGGCCUCGCUGCUGUCCAAGGUGGGAGCGAUGCUGAAGCAGUUCCUACCGCAGCUUCAGACGACAUUCCUGAAGGCAUUGAACGACCCGAACCGAGCCGUCCGCAUGAAGGCCGGCCUCGCGCUAUCGCAGCUGGUGUUGAUUCACACGCGCGCAGACCCGCUGUUUGUGGAGCUGCAUAACGGGAUCAAGAAUACGGACGACCCGGCUAUACGGGAGACGAUGUUGCAAGCGUUACGCGGCAUAAUAUCCGGCGGCGGCGACAAGAUGUCCGAGCCGUUGGCGUUGAGCGUGCUGACGACUCUGAGCGGGCCGUUACUGGCGCAACCGGAAGAGAGCGCUCGCGCCGGCGUGGGCGGGUGCCUGGGCGCCCUGCUGGCCCGCCUGCCGCCCGCCCACCGGCCCGCCGCCCUGCAGCACCACGUGCUGGGCGCCCCCACGGACAACGCCGCCCUGCUGCACGGCCGCUCCUGCGCGCUCUACGUCGCGCUCAAGGAGGCGCCCGCCCUCGUGUACACCGAGCCCUUCCAGGAACGGAUAGAGAAAACACUGCUAUCAUAUCUUAGCAGUGAACACGUAAUGGUGGUAUGCAGCGGUAUCCGUGGCAUUGCGUACCUCAUGCAAUAUCUGCUCAAAGAAGGCCGCCCCACCCCGCCGAAUCUACUCUCGCAGUUCGUCAGGAGCAUGAACCACUCCAGCAACGAGGUGAAGCAGCUAAUGGCGAGCGCUAGCGCCGUGGGGGCCGGCGGGGCCUCCGCCAGCGGGCCCGGGGCCGACCUCCUGCGGGCCUUGUUACCCGCCCUCGUCAACGGCACCAAGGAGAAGAACACAUACGUGCGCGCCAACUCCGAGCUAGCGCUGAGGGCCCUGCUGCGACUGCCGCACGACGACGCAUUCCCCCAGGAAUGCAUGGAACUGCUCGAGGAGGGCGCCCGCGAGGCGCUGGGCGACGUGGUGGCGCGCGUGCUGCGCCGCUCACACACCGAGCACGCGCGCGACGAGGACCUCGACUACACGCUGCUCACCUGAGCGACGCAAUUCCUACCAUUAAAUAUAUUUAAAUCUUUUCAAAUCAAAAUCGGAA